CUCUCUGCCUCAGUUACAGCAGUCUGACACAUGAGAUUCCCCUGCUGGAAAUAUGCCUUUUAAAUGUGUGGGAUUUAGAUUUAAUUUAGUGAUUUUAGCAGGACUUCUCCUCCUGCCCACCAGCACAGAGGACCUUCCAGCCGAUGAGCUUCCAGCAGCCAGCAGGAAUCCUCCCUGCUGAAGCCCACGGUGCUGAUCACCAUCCUGGCACGAAAUGCUCAGCACAGCCUGCCUCACUUCCUGGGAUGCAUCGACAGACUGGACUAUCCAAAGGACCGCAUUGCCAUCUGGGCAGCCUCUGACCACAGUGUGGACAACAGCACAGCGAUGCUUCAUGAGUGGCUCAGAGGAGUCCAGCACCUUUAUCACUCUGUGGAGUGGAGACCAAUGGAGGAGCCAAGCUCUUUUGCAGAUGAGGAGGGACCCAAACACUGGCCCAACUCUCGGUUCAUCCAUGUGAUGAAACUAAAGCAGGCAGCGCUCAGAGCUGCCAGGCGACUGUGGACAGACUACAUAUUGUUUGUGGACAGUGAUAACUUACUCACAAACAACCAAGUGCUAACUGACAUGAUAGCAGAGAACCUGACAGUUGUGGCUCCCAUGCUGGAAUCUAGAAGUCUUUAUUCCAACUUCUGGUGUGGAGUUACUCCCCAGGGCUACUACAGACGGACCCCAGAGUACAUUCCUAUCCGUAAGUGGAGGCGACAGGGCUGCUUUGCCGUCCCGAUGGUGUACUCCACUUACCUGCUGGACCUGAGGCGCAGAGCCAGCCAAGACCUGGCCUUCUACCCUCCUCACCCACAGUACCCUCACCAUCUGGACGACAUCAUGGUCUUUGCUUUUUCUGCUCGACAAGCAGGUAUUCAGAUGUACGUGUGCAACAGGGAUCAUUAUGGAUACUUACCGGUGCCCCUUAAGCAGGACCAGACUCUGGAGGAAGAAGAGGAGAGUUUUACUCACACACUGACAGAAGCACUAAUUUCCUACACCAUGGAGCCUUCACAGUAUGUGCAUGUUACACCUAAACAGCCAGGGAAGAUGGGAUUUGAUGAGGUCUUUCUGAUCAAUCUGAGGCGGCGUUCAGACAGAAGAGAGAGGAUGCUGAGCUCUGUGGCCGUCCUUGGCAUUAAUGCUACGCUGACAGAAGCCGUGGAUGGCAAAGCCUUGAACUCCAGUGUGCUGCAGUCGAUGGGCGUAGACAUGCUGCCUGGGUACACAGACCCGUACUCAGAGCGGGUGCUGACCCGAGGGGAGAUCGGCUGCUUCCUCAGCCACUACAACAUCUGGAAGCAGGUGGUGCAGCAGGAACUACAGCAGGUGCUUGUGCUGGAGGAUGAUGUGAGAUUUGAGCCCAGGUUUAACAGCCGGCUGGUGGCCAUUAUGGACAAUGUGCAGAGAGUGGGACUGGACUGGGACCUGAUUUAUGUGGGUCGUAAGCGGCUGCAGAUGAAGCAGCCGGAGUACUGGGUGAAGGGAGUCCAGAACCUGGUGCACCCCGGAUACUCCUACUGGACUCUGGGUUACAUCCUCUCACUGAAUGGUGCCAAGAAGCUCCUGCAGGCAAAACCUCUGAACAAAAUGCUGCCUGUUGACGAGUUUCUGCCCGUCAUGUUCAACAAACACCCCAAAGACGAGUACAUGCAGUAUUUUGAUCAAAGGGAGCUGAAAGCAUUUUCAGUGGAGCCUCUGCUGCUCUUCCCCACUCAUUACACCGGUGAGCCUGGAUACUUCAGCGACACCGAGACGUCGACCAUCUGGGACGACGAGGUCACAGAGACAGACUGGGACAGAGGAGGAACCAAACACAGCCGGGGACAGGAGUCUGAUCAGGUGGACUCCCUCUGAAGAGGACUUACAUAAGUGAUGACACAAACCCUGCCUGAGAUCCUAUUAAACUCUGACUCUCUCUUUGCA